UUUCAUACUUUAUGCUCACACUUCCCAUCUCUUUGAAUCUUAGUUUGUUCGCUAUUUAUACAAGCUCUUCGAAGCCGUUCGAGUUAAAAUUCCGUCAGCAGCCUUGUUGUUAACCUUGUUGCCAAAUUCCAUCUAUAUAACUCAGGCAGGCAUGGCAACCAAGGAGGAUGUGGAGAGUGAUGCGCAGGAGGGAGUACGAGCGCCGUUCAUGGCGAACGUAGCGGGAUCAGCUAGUGGAAGCGGGGGAGGGAACCUGUGGAUGGUUUAUCUCAGCACAUUUGUUGCAAUUUGUGGCUCUUAUGAGUUUGGAUGCUGUGCCGGAUAUUCUUCGCCUACUCAGUCCGCAAUCCAGGAAGAUCUCAGUUUAUCAUUAUCUGAGUAUUCAGUGUUUGGUUCCAUUUUGACAUUUGGUGCAAUGGUAGGAGCUAUCACUAUUGGACCUAUCGCUGAUUUUCUUGGCCGAAAAGGGGCCUUAAGAGUGUCAUGUGCUUUCUGUGUUGGAGGUUGGCUUGCUAUUUACUUCUCCAAGGCUGCUUGGUUGUUGGACAUUGGGAGACUGCUAACUGGAUACGGAAUGGGAGCUUUUUCGUACGUGGUACCUAUUUUCGUAGCUGAAAUUGCACCCAAAAAUCUUCGAGGAAGAUUAACCGCUGCAAAUCAGUUAAUGAUCGUAACUGGAGUGUCUGUUUCCUUCAUAAUCGGGGUAGUAGUAAGUUGGCGAACAUUAGCAUUAAUCGGACUUAUUCCCUGCGCUGUGACACUUCUUGGUCUCUUUUUCAUUCCCGAGUCUCCAAGAUGGUUGGCAAAGACAGGACGCAAUCAAGAUUUUGAAGAUGCGCUACAGAAACUGCGCGGCAAAGAUGCUGACAUAUCUGAGGAAGCAGAAGAAAUCCAGGAUUAUAUUGCAACUCUUGACUUGCUUCCUAAAGCCAAAUUUCUGGAUUUGUUUCAAAGGAGAUACUGGAGCUCACUCAUUAUCGGAGUUGGGCUGAUGUUCUGUCAGCAACUGGGAGGAAUCAACGGGGUCUGUUUCUAUGUGAGCGAUAUUUUUGAACAAGCAGGAUUUUCCUCCAGCAUUGGAACUAUAACUUAUGCUAUCCUUCAGGUUAUAGUUACCGGCAUUGCUGCAGGCGUGAUGGAUAAAGCUGGACGCAAGCCUCUAAUUUUGGUCUCUGCAACCGGGUUGGUGCUUGGCUGUCUCUUGACGGCAGUUUCAUUCUUUCUGAAGGUUCAUGAAUUGGCACUCGACGCAGUUCCCAUACUUGCUGUAACUGGCAUACUGCUCUACAUAGGAGCCUUUUCGAUAGGAAUGGGAGCAGUUCCUUGGGUUGUGAUGUCCGAGAUAUUCCCGAUAAACAUUAAAGGGCAGGCCGGAAGCUUAGCAACGCUGGUGAAUUGGCUCUGCGCAUGGUUGUGUUCCUACACUUUCAACUAUCUUAUGAGUUGGAGCUCCUACGGUACCUUCAUUCUCUACGCCGGAAUCAACGUUCUGGCGAUUUUGUUCGUGGUGGCGCUGGUGCCCGAAACGAAGGGGAAGACCCUGGAACAGAUCCAGGCAGCCAUGAAUAAAUAGAACUGAAGCAAGAACUGAAGAGCAUUCUUUUUAGAAGUUAAAUCCUCAUUGAAAAUAUUUUGGCAGCUCAAUUCAGAAAGAUGGAAAAUCUUUGAAGAUGCUUCAAAUUAAAACCACAAAAUUAUUGUACUGCUAUUUUUACGAUGAUUAAUUAAGUUUUUAUUUAUUGACUUAAA